AACUUCUGUUACCUAGAUAAUGUGUACUGAGGUAUUUUAUUGAGAAAAACAUUUUAUUCUAACUAUUUUCUCACCAUUAUUUUUGUUAUUUUUGUUUAUAAGCACAUUUAUGUAGAGCUACGUAUACGAUACUUUGUAUACAUCUAUUCUAUUGCUCAUAUCUUACUAAAAAGUUAUAGCAAUGGAUCUAGAAGACAAUGCAUUGGGUUUGACCCAAGAACAAACUGAUAAAAUUCUUCAGUUUCAAGAUUUAACAGGAAUUGAAGAUAUGGCAAUAUGCAGAGAUGUUUUGCAAAGACAUCAAUGGGACUUAGAGGUAGCAAUACAAGAACAACUCAAUAUGCGAGAAGGUCGUCCUUCAGUAUUUGCGACAGAAGCGAGAGCGCCACCAGUCGUACAUGACCACAUAGCUCAGCAAGUAUUUACAGACGAGGCCCCAGAAGGUCCAGUAGGAGUGAGAGGAAUCCUCCGCUAUUUUGUCAACUUAGUUGUGUCAAUGUGUUACAGUACAAUAUCUUCUGUGCUGAACUUGCUUUUAAGUUUUGUAAGAAACGAUGAAAGAAGAUUGGUAACAGAUCCUCUCGGAGAUGUGAUGACCUUUAUAAACACCUAUACAUCAAGAUAUAACCCACACCCUGUGUUCUAUCAGGGCACAUAUGCACAAGCACUUAAUGAUGCUAAAAAUGAAUUGAGAUUUCUUAUUGUGUAUCUCCACUCAGAAUCAGCUACAGAGACACAAAACUUUUGCAGGACAACACUAUCAGACCCAGAAGUGAUCCAAUACAUUAAUACUCAUGGUCUCUUUUGGGGAUGUUCUAUUGAUACGUCAGAAGGGUGGCGGGUUGCACAGUCGGUGGGCGGUCGAAGAUACCCACUGCUGUGUGUGGUCUGCGUGCGCGAACAUCGCAUGACAGUGGUAGCACGGAGUGAGGGUGCCUGCGCACCACAACAGUUGUUAGCAAGACUACAGAGGGUGGUCACGGAGAAUGAACCGCACCUCGCGGCUGCUCGGGCUGACAGAGUGGAGCGCGAGGUGACGGCGCGGCUGCGCGCGGCGCAGGACGAGGCGUACGCGGAGUCGCUCGCUGCCGACCAGGAGAAGGAGCGCCGCCGCGCCGCCGACCGCGCCGCGCGCGACCAGCUGCAGCGCGACACCCUGCACCGCCAGCUGCAGGAGGAGCAGCGCCGCCUGCAGGUAAUAGCAGCUCGGGAAGCAAUGGCAGCUAAUUUGCCAGUUGAACCAUUACCCGGUGCUGAUGUGGUUGUGUUACUCAUACGACUUCCUGGAGGAGAAAGGCUCACUCGGCGUUUUCUUUUCUCUCAUACCACUCAGGAUCUAUACGAUUUCGUGUUCAGCAACUUACAAGCUCCAGAGGAAUUUGAAAUAACGACCAAUUUUCCAAAACGUAUCAUAACUCGGGGAACGUCAAACUUAAAAGAUGUCGGUCUCAAAGACCGCGACGUGCUUUUCGUCAACGAUAUUAACGCAUAGACAAUUGAUAUAAAAUGCUAUUGGUUUCUAAUUUACAGAGAAGUUAAUGAGUUGUAGAUGACAUAAAAAUUAACGGCCUUACUUAUGAACGUUGAGCGAGUUAAUAGUUAAACAAUGCUGUGUCUUCAGCUAUCGAAUGUCAUAUAAAUAAUGACAAAGAACAGAAAUCAGUGUUUAACUAAACAGUUGCUAAGCAAUGUUUAUAAGUAAGAUCGUAAGUCACCAGAAAAUAAUUCUGUUUAUGAUAAUAUGUUCUAUGAGUUACUUAUAACUUUGUAUAGUGUAUUCAUAAAGAAUACAGAUCGGGCUAUGCGAUUGCAAAAUUAGUUGUAUAUUAAAAAAAAAGUCCUAUGCAUAUAACGAGCGUCUAUUUCAUUUAUUAUAAUUUAUUAAUAUGUUUUCACAUAUAACCAUUCUUGACAAAUUGUUUUAAUUUGCUUACAAUUUUAUUUUAAAUGUAAAAACAAACAGUUUUCUUUUAUGAUUUCGACAAGGUAGCUAAUGAAUAUUCCAAUAAUACCAAAAAGUAUAUUAAUUAUAUAUAGCUAUUGGAAUCAUUUAAAAAAAAAUGAAAAUCUAUUUUGGUAUGAUAAUUACUAAAUUGUAGGAACGUUGUUAUGGAUAUUUAAGACAAAAGUACAUGUUUAAAAAUAUUGUAUGUCUAGUUAUAGCAUCAUGCUGAUACAUUUGUGAAUUUUAAUUCUAACUUUGCCCAGUGACAGUGUCAACGUGUGUACCCAAAGCCCAAGCUAGCGAAUCCUCGUUUACAAGCUGAUGCAAAUAUCAAGAAACAUCGUUAACACUACUUUCAUUGGUGAUCUCUACUAAGGCAUACAUAUGUGACGAUAACGUACCAAUCGCGCGCUCAAAAUAAUACUACUCUGUUCGAAUCUACCAAUCACGUGCUUGAUUUUCGCAUCUCUCCGACCAUCAAACAGUUUACAGUAAACUGCGUUUAUUCGGUUCAUGCGACUUUUCGGUUCAUAUUAUGAUAAAACUACAGAUUCGCUUUUAAAUAAUUUUAUUUUGAUGUCUCAAAGCUGAUUGACGUAAACGAUUUGAAACUGGCUUUCAACAUUCAAUCAACUUUGCAUACUAUAUAUAUUAGGAAAAAGAAAAUUAUAUUACGAUUGUAAAAAUUGUAGUUAUGAAUAUUAUUUGUAAGUUUUUAAAUAACUUCAGUUUUAGAUCUCCAGCAAAACAAGCGACAAAUAGCUGUUUUCUUAGCAUAUAAUUAAAGCUUAGUAACACUUACUCUCUUAAUUUCCUUUAUUUUUUUUUAUAAGAGUAAAAUUAAUUAAAAAACUGUCAAGCAAACAUAAUUAUUACGCAUAAUAAAUACUAGUUUUUUUAGAUUUUAUUAGUGUUAUUAUUUAAAUGAAAAAUUGGAAUUGUUUAUAAAUGGUGUUCUUUUUUCCAAUACUUGUGAUAAGUUGGUUAUUACAUGAAAAAUAUUUAACGUUUGAUUUUUUUUUUUUGUAAAACAGUCAGUCAGUUUUAAGGUGUAUUAUCAUCAAAAGUAUACGAUAUAUAGCUUAUUUGUUAAGAUGGAGAUUUUUUUUUAUAUUAUAUGAUACGUCCAAACUGAUGUUCAGUUGUAGAUUUUAUUUUCAAAAUAGUUUUUUUUUAUAAAACCUAUUAAAUUGUUUGCUAUUAAAUCCCAUUUAAGAGUAAUCAAGUUAAUAGAUUAUAUUUGUUUUACCAUACAUUCGAUUUGUGUUUAAGAUGUAUAAGCACUAUAAUAGACCUAAUUGUUAAUAACGUUAUGUGGAAUUACAUUUUUAAAUUGUGUGUCCUAAUAAAAAUUACAAGUUAUAUUGAUAAAGAUGUUUUUAGUUAAGAACCUGUACUGUUAUACAUUACCAUUGUUUAGAAUUCAUGUAAGUAACUUGAAGAUUGCAUGAAGUUCAAAUUGGUUUACAUUAUUCAGAAACCUUAUACAUAUCAAGACUUGAUUUUUUUUUUAAAGUAUUGGACUAUUAUAUAUAUUACAUUAAAUAGGUUUAAUUAUAUGUAACUAUUCAAAAAUAUGUUAAUUUAAUUUUUUGUAUUGUUUGCUCUAGCCUUUUACAAAUUUUAAGUUUUGUUAGUUAAUUCUGGAUUUAAUUAAUCGAAACCUGUAUUUAGCAGAAUAAUAUCGGUUUUUGGCGUCUUCUUUAUUUUUGAAUUCAAUUUCUCUGCAUUUUAAUUCGCUUUUGCUUACAAAUUUUAAAGUUUUUUUUUAUUAUUUGUGAUAUGUGGUGUGUAGAUCUAGUACCAAAGGUGCUGGAAGAUGACAAGCAUUUACUUUUGAUGGAUUGUGUAAAAUAUUAUGUUUUGUUGUAAUAUAAUGUUCCUUACGA